GAAGAAGAAGAUGAAGAUGAUGAUGAUGAUGAUGAUGAUGAUUUCAGUGUAAUUAUUCCUGAAGCUCAGCACACAUUCAGAGAUCUUUCACGGUGUUUGAUUUCCCGAAACGCGGUUCAUCUCCAGCUGAACUCUCUGACGUCUGAUUUUUCCUCUGGAACCCAAACGCCUCUCUGUCUAACUUUCAGUUUCGUUCUUCCAAAGCUGUGGCGCAGUUUACGUCCUCCGGUCCAUCCUCAGCUUUUAAACUCUUUAUUGUUGGACAAUUGUUCAGAAAAGCAGCAGAAACUUGAGCCUCUCUGGUAUCUCCGCUUUGUGGUGCCUGAAUCAGCCUGUGGAGGAGGCGAAGUGAGGAGCUGCUCCAAGCCGUUCAGGGAGACCUGAGCUCGGCCUGACAACCGGCAGAGACCCGGUAUGACUGGAUCCAGACAGCAGGAGGCCGUUCUCUUGCCGUCCCCUUAACGAGCUGAUCGGGAGGAGCGGGACUAUUCCCGACUCAAUCUGGCGUAACUCGUCCGUUCAAACGGUCAGAGGUGUUUGAAAGAUGGAGAAUAGAAAGAGGAAGGGGAAGAAGGCAAGAAUUUAAAAGAGGAAAUCUGUGGAAACAGAAGCAGACAAAUGUGCUGAUAAUGGAAACUAUUUCUGUGAAACGAGCUCACGGUUUGAAACAAAUGAGGACGAUGGAAAAGAUACAGAAAGAUGCUGAACUUUUCUUCAGACCACUGUUCAGUUUAAUUAAUUAUCAAGUCAAUGAAUUGUGUGUGGUUGUGGCGUAAAACAUCACGUUAUAUAAUGUAAAUAAUAGUCUGAUGCUGGUAAACUUUGUCUUGUAGCUCCUCAGAGUCAGAAGAAAGAUCCAGAACCAACAUCAGCCAUGAGCCACAAGUCCAGAGAGAAUAUUGUCAGAGUGAAUCUAAUGAAGAGUCUGGUAUAGAGCUGCUCUGUAGGAGAAGAUGAUUCAGAUCUACAUGAAUGAAACUGACCUGAACUGAUCAAAAGGCUUUGUAAAAAGUGGAGAUUUGUGCUGAGAAUUGUGAGUAUUUUAAAACGUGGUUUAGAGCCAGAAGCAGAUCCAGUAGUGAUGAAAGGAUUAUUCCUGUCCGUAAAGGAACAGGUGAGCUGCUGGAACAGAGAGAACAAACAAGCAUUAGUUCUACUAGAACCACUUUAUAUGCUCAAACCAUAAUAGUGACCCGUUCUAUUUUGAUCAUUAAAAGUAACACAACUGAAAGGGAAUAAGAUGAAAGUAAUCUGAAAUAAACCUGCAUGUUUUUAAAGCAACCCUUACUUGUUCUGAAUUGGAAAUAUUGUAGAAAAAUACACUGAACUAGAGGUUUUACAGAACAGUGUUCUAUAGCAGACUGAACAUGUGAGGUUCUAAUGACAUGAUUUUAAUAAGAACGGGUUCUGAUCUAAAGUGGGCUGGUCUGAGGCCUCAAACUCCAGGACUGAAAAUGAUCCCACUGCUCAAACUAAGUGGAUUUGACUGUGAUCUCUGCCUGUUUCCCUGUCAGUACCAUCAGUGAUUAAAGCGUUAAAAAGCCUCAAUCUCCUCCAGUAUGUUGACUUUAAUCAUCAAGUUGAUCAGAGAACAGACAGCUGCCUCACUGGAGCGUGAGUAGCUGUGACUUGUAGAGGACUGGGAUGUUUCUUCCACUUUCUAGAGUCUACUGCUUUUAACUGACCUCAGAAACACACUAUGUUGAUGUGAGCCACUAGUUUUAUGAGUGUCUGCAUGGAACCAACAACUGAUGGUCAAGUCAAAGAAAUUCAGUACGGUUCACAAACAUUCACACAACAUUUAUUAAACCACAACUUUGGAUGUAUUUUAGUCUGUAUGAGGUUAUUUCACGUCAUUUGUUGUAAUUUACAUGUUUCUGGAGUACUUUCGUGAUUUUUUUUUGUACAUUAUUUAAAAAAAUUGCACCUUUUUGUGAUGAUUUUACACAUUUUUGUUUUUUUAAAGUGUUUUGAGGUUAUGUCACAUCAUUUGUUGAGAUUUUCAACAUUUUUAUGGUAAUUUAACAACUUUUUAAUGUCCAUUUUGCUUUUUUAAAAGUGAUUUUGGACCUUUUUUUUUGUAGUGAUUUCAGUUCUGUAUUUUUAUACAUUUUUAAAGGGUUUUGCACCUUUUUGUGUUGAUUUUUAUUUAUUUUUUUUGCAUUUUGAGGGGUAAUUUCACGCUAUUUGUUGUGACUUUGUGUCUGUACAUGAAUUUAAACCAAAUCUUCAGACAUGUUGGGGUGUUCCUAACCAGCAGGAGUUCUCAAACUGAUGCAGACAUCAAUGUGUUUUAUCAGUAAAUAUCAUUUGUGUUUGUCAGGCAGUUUUAAAUGUGAGUUGUUCUUAUUAUCUGUCAAUCACAACCUGUGAUCUGAUCUGUCUAGCAGAGGGGAAAAGAUUUAAAGUGAAAUAAAGUUCACCUGAUACACUUUGAAGAAACCAAAUGCUAGAAAUGUUCAGAUGUUUCUUAAAUGCAUUAAAUGAGACUGAGAGCAGACAUGUUGAGGGAAAUGUGAAUCAGUGUGAUUUCUGCCGAUGUUGGUUCUGUCCCAGUGAUUCCAUUCUAGGGAAUGUUAACUGUCAGGGAUUUACAGCCUGAUGGGAGCUUCUGGUUUCAUGAAGCACAGGGUUUGUACAAGUUGUGUUGGAUGUUGAGUGACAUGAAAAAGGUUGAGUGUUGAAAUAAUCGGUCACAUGAAAUGAGUGGGAAUCAGCCUGUAAAAUGUGCUCUUAUUGUGAAAGUCUGCCUUCUGCUUCCUCAUAGGUGGAGUCCUGACUGGUUCCAGGAAACAGAUCACCUGUCUGAGUGUCCAGGAGUGGACUGGAAACUUUCUUCUUCUUCAGCGCUUUGAAUAAAGUGUAAGUUUACUUUGUUUGCUGCUUUAACUUCAGUAAUGUUGCUGUUUGUUUCUGCUCUGUCAUGUUUCUACAUGUUCACUUCUUAUUUCAGCACAAACUUUGGAUGACUGCUGUUUAAACAUGGAUCAAUACGAUUAUUAGCUUAUUGAUUGACUGCAAUCAGUCAAUAUUUCUAUGAGAUUAUUGAUGGACUUGAGUCAGUUUGAUGAGCUGCUGAUGUUUCUUUGUUGUUUUGUUUUUCUGACUUUGGGUUUGUGGGUGAGUCUCUGCAGCUCCAUGUCUCCAUCUGCUGGACUGAUAGUAGAAGUGCAGCAGCUGAUCUUCUCCAGGAGGAUCUGAGCGGAUGAAUGAUGUUUGUUUCCUGUGCAGGUGAAGGUAGAAAGUGUGUGUGAGCCGCUGUGAGUUGAGCAUCAUGGAUGAGUGUGAGGACAGAGAGGAGGGAGUCCCUCCCUCUAAAAGCUCUCUGUGUGGGGAACAGGAGAACCAGAGCAAAGCUCAGAGGAAUCCACCUGAACCUGGUCCUGAACCUGGACCUGUAUCCAGCUGUGUGUCCUUCAAGAGCGACCGGUCUAAGGAUCUUCCUCUUAAUUUUAAAGGAGAACAAGGUCUUGUUGCAAAGAAAAUCCAUCAGAGUCCACAGUCCUCUGGACCUGGACCUCCAUCCAGCUGUGUGUCCUUCAAGAGCGACUGGUCAAAGGACCUUCCUCUUAAUUUUAAAGGAGAACCAGGCCGUGCUGUAGAGGGAGUGGAGCAGCAGAACUCAGAGGUUCCCAGAGCUCAGUCUGUCCAGCAGCAUCACCUGGACUCCAUAUUCAUGCUGCUGGAGGACAACAUGGUGACUUUUGUGAAGAAGGAGCUGAAGAAGAUGCAGAAGGUUGUGAGUCCAGAUUACCCAGAAUGCUCCUCAGAGAGUCAGAGGGAGGAUGAGGAGGAAUUGGAGGGUGAUGAUGAAGAUGAGAGGAGCAGCAGAGAGAUGUUUCAGCAGAUCACAGUGUUGUUCCUGAGGAGGAUGAAGCAGGAGAAGCUGGCUGACUGUCUGCAGAGCAAACUUCCUGCUGCAGUUUGUAGACGUGAACUUAAAUGUGGUCUGAAGAAGAAGUUCCAGAGAGUGUUUGAGGGCAUCGCUAAAGCAGGACAGAAGACCCUCCUGAAUGAGAUCUACACAGAGCUGUACAUCACAGAGGGAGGGACUGCAGAGGUCAAUGAUGAACAUGAGGUCAGACAGAUUGAAGCAGCAUCCAGGAAAGCAGACAGAGUAGAAAGAAGCAUCAGAGCAGAAGACAUCCUGAAAGGCUCACCUGGAAGAGAUGGACCAAUCAGAACAGUGAUGACAAAGGGAGUGGCUGGCAUUGGGAAAACAGUGUUAACACAGAAGUUGACUCUGGACUGGGCUGAAGACAAAAGCAACCAGGACAUCCACUUCAUGUUUCCAUUGACUUUCAGAGAGCUGAAUGUGCUGAAAGAGAGAAAGUUCAGCUUGAUGGAACUUGUUCAUCACUUCUUCAGUGAAACCAAAGCAGCAGGAAUCUGCAGUUUUGAACACUUCCAGGUUGUGUUGAUCUUUGACGGUCUGGAUGAGUGUCGCCUUCCUCUGGACUUCCACAACAAUGAGGUCCUGAUUGAUAUGAGAGAGUCCACCUCAGUGGAUGUGCUGCUGACAAACCUGAUCAGGGGGAAUCUGCUUCCCUCUGCUCGCCUCUGGAUAACCACACGACCUGCAGCAGCCAAUCAGAUUCCUCCUGACUGUUUGGACAUGGUGACGGAGGUCAGAGGGUUCACCGACCCACAGAAGGAGGAGUACUUCAGGAAGAGAUUCAGAGAUAAGAAGAAGGCCAGCAGCAUCAUCUCCCACAUGAAGAAGUCACGAAGCCUCCACAUCAUGUGCCACAUCCCAGUGUUCUGCUGGAUCACUGCUACAGUUCUGGAGGAGCUGCUGAGAAGUAGAGAGGGAGGAGAUCUGCCCAGAACCCUGACUGAGAUGUACAUGCACUACCUGGUAGUUCAGGCCAAAGUCAAGAAGGUCAAGUAUGAUGGAGGAGCUGAGACAGAUCCACACUGGAGUCCAGACAGCAGGAGAAUGAUUGAGUCUCUGGGAAAACUGGCUUAUGAUCAGCUGCAGAGAGGAAACCUGAUCUUCUAUGAGUCUGACCUGACAGAGUGUGGAAUCGAUGUGGAAGCAGCCUCAGUGUACUCAGGAGUGUUCACACAGAUCUUUAAAGAGGAGAGAGGGCUGUACCAGGACAAGGUGUUCUGCUUCGUCCAUCUGAGCGUUCAGGAGUUUCUGGCUGCUCUUCAUGUCCAUCAGACCUUCAUUGACUCUGGAAUCAACCUGUUGGAAAAACAUCAACAAACAACCUCCAACAAACCUGAUCCAACAGUUUUCUACCAGAGAGCUGUGGACGAGGCCUUACAGAGUCCAAACGGACACCUGGACUUGUUCCUGCGCUUCCUCCUGGGUCUGUCACUGCCGACCAAUCAGAAUCUCCUACGAGGCCUGCUGACACAGACAGGAAGUAGUUCACAGACCAAUCAGAAAACAGUGAAGUACAUCAAGAAGAAGAUCAGUGAGAAUGUGUCUGCAGAGAGAAGCAUCAAUCUGUUCCACUGUCUGAAUGAACUGAAGGAUGUUUCUCUAGUGGAGGAGAUCCAACAGUCCCUGAGAUCAGGAUGUCUGUCCACAUAUUAUCUGUCUCCUGCUCAGUGGUCAGCUCUGGGCUUCAUCUUACUGUCAUCAGGAGAACAUCUGGACGUGUUUGACCUGAAGAAAUACUCUGCUUCAGAGGAGGUUCUUCUGAGGCUGCUGCCAGUGCUCAAAGCCUCCAAGAAAGUUGUACUGAGUGGCUGUAAUCUGUCAGAGAGAAGCUGUGGAGUUCUGUCCUCAGUCCUCAGCUCCCAGUCCUCCAGUGUGACAGAGCUGGACCUGAGUAACAACAACCUGCAGGAUUCAGGAGUGGAGAGUCUUUCUGCUGGACUGGAGAGCCCACACUGUAAACUGGAAGCUCUCAGGCUGUCAGGCUGUCUGGUCACAAAGGAAGGCUGUGCUUCUCUGGCCUCAGCUCUGAGCUUGAAUCCCUCAAAUCUGAGAGAGCUGGACCUGGGCUACAACCAUCCAGGAGACUCAGGAGAGACGAUGCUGAGAGCUAAAGUGGAUGAUCCACACUGUAGACUGGAAACUCUCAGGGUGACGCCUGCUGGAGUCCGAUGGUUGACACCAGGUCUGAGGAAGUAUUCCUGUGAACUCACAGUCGACACAAACACAGUAAACAGAAAACUCAAACUGUCUGACAACAACAGGAAGGUGACAUUAGUGAAGGAGCAGCAGUCGUAUCCUGAUCAUCCAGACAGGUUUGACUACAGGCUUCAGCUGCUGUGUAGAACUGGUCUGACUGGUCGCUGUUACUGGGAGGUUGAGUGGAGAGGAGAUGUUGAAAUAUCAGUGAGUUACAUAGGAAUCAGUAGGAAAGGAUUCAGUGAUGACUGCAUGUUUGGAUGGAAUGAUCAGUCCUGCAGUCUGAUCUGCUCUGAUGAUGAUGGUUACUAUGUCAGACACAAUAACAGUAAAACAUCCAUCAGUUCCUCCUCAGUCCCUCACAGAGUUUCAGUUUAUGUGGACGUUCCUGCUGGAACUUUGUCCUUCUACAGAGUCUCCUCUGACUCUCUGAUCCACCUCCACACCUUCAACACCACAUUCACUCAAACUCUCUAUCCUGGAUUUGGGUUCUACUUUCCUGGUUCUUCAGUGUCUCUGUGCUGAGUCUCGUCUCCAGAGUCUCCUCCUGGUAGAGAAACAGUGUUGAACAGAUAGUUGAGUCUCUCCAUGACUCUGUCCCUCACAAACAUGUUUUCACAUUCAUGGAUUAAAUGUGUUUCUUUGUCAAAUCCUUCUAAAUGAUUCCUUGUAAACUUGUUCCUCUUCAAAGAUGGAAGUUGUGAUUAUUCCAGGAGCCAAAUGUGGUGUUUGCGUCUUUUUCCAGUUAAAUGUUGAGAGUGAAAAUCAGGAUGUGGUGUUCCUCUGACGCUCACUUGAACUAAAAGCAUUUGAGCUGCACAAAGUGUGAAAUGAGAGAGGAAGCAGUGAAUCUCCAAACUGCUGACAGACUUUCACACAUUAUUGUCCAGUGAAAAUCAGCUUUUUGUGCAGCCACACUUGAUCCUGAUGUGAGUCUUUAAGUCCUGUUCUAGUGAUGAAAUGAGAACUUCCUUCAUCUGUAUCACUCUUUCCAAAGUAUUCUGUGCUCUUCUGUCAUUUAUGUCUUAUUGAUGGAUCCAUUUUUCAUUUUUACAAUAAAUAAGUGCUUCAAUGUUUUUUCAUAGUUUUUUUUUUAAUAAGUUUCUGAAUUUCUGGUUUCAUCAACAAAUUCUACCAGAUUUUAUUUUUCCAUCAAAGCUCCCAUAACCCUAGCUAUCUCUGGAUCAAAAUGUUUUCAGCAUCGAUAUGAUUCCAGUAGAAUUUAAACCCACCAGGACUAUCCAGAUUACAUUGAACUCUGUAAAUUCAACAUUUUUUAGCCUAUUUCAUUCUAUAAAUGUUGUGUUUGGCCGUUAAAGGAGGUUUUCCUCACAUUGUGGUGUAUUUGAACCCUUCCAUGGUCUAAAUUCUUUGAACAGAUCUUGUGCUGUAAUCAAUGUCUAACUUAGUUUUUAUUUUCAUUGCAGUGGUUGAUUUUUCCUGAACAAGAUCAAUGAUUUUAAUACGUCUUUCUCCACUUUUAUUUGCUCUGCCUGUGGCUUUUAAACUAUUAUAACUUUCUUUUUUGUUCAAUAAAUGACUAAUAACACA